AAUUUCAGUUUGGAAAUUGAUUAAAGAAUCUCCAUAGAAUUUAAUAUGGCAUCAAAGCAGUCAUCUCCCUCAACAGAGGAGCAGGCUUCCUCUGAAAUAGAUGAUCUUCAUCUAUCGCUGCAAGUGCAGCGAGAGUCUACGCAGAAGAAAACUUUUACUAGCUGGAUAAAUUCAAUAUUGGCAAAGCAUACACCUCCGUAUGUUAUCUCAGACCUGUAUACAGACAUACAGCAAGGACAUUUGCUUUUGGAUCUGUUGGAAGUGCUUUCAGGUCAACAUCUGCCACGGGAAAAAGGAUUUAAUACCUUCCAGUGUAGAAGUAACAUAGAAAAUGCUUUGACAUUUUUAAAGAGCAGAUCACUCAAACUCAUAAAUAUUCAUGUUGCUGACAUUAUUGAAGGAAAACCUUCCAUUGUGCUUGGCCUAAUUUGGACUAUUAUAUUUCAUUUUCAUAUUGAAGAGCUUGCCAGGACCCUUGCUUGUACAUACAAUCAGCCUUCACUUGAUUGUUCAAGUGUUGUUGACUCCUUUCCAAAAGCAAGCAGAUCAGCUAAUAAAAGUGGUAAAAUUAAGGAACGGUGGAAGAUCUCUGCUACAAAGGCUCUUUUGUUGUGGGCAAAAGAGCAGUGUUCACUACACGGCUCUGUCCAGGUGACUGACUUCAAGUCGAGCUGGCGAAGCGGAAUGCCUUUUCUGGCCAUCAUCCAAGCCCUGCGACCAGGUCUGGUUGAUUUGGAGAAGGCAAAAACUAGAAGCAAUAAAGAAAACCUGAAAGAGGCAUUCAGAAUUGCAGAACUGGAGCUGAAUAUUCCACGGCUUCUUGAACCUGAAGAUGUUGACAUCAUGAAUCCGGAUGAAAAAUCAAUCAUGACUUAUGUGGCUCAGUUUUUGCAAUACUCUAGGAAUUUGUGUGAGUCUGAAGAAGACAUGCAGGAAAAAGUAAGGGAGGCCCUGAGCUGGUUGGCUGCACAGGAGAAGAAGUUAGCAAAGUUGCUGAUUGACACAGAGAAUGAAACGUAUUACCAGAAAUACAAAGAAAUGAUGUCAUUUAUGGAAGCAUUUAACCAAGAAAAGAAACCCUUUCUGCCUGUGUUGUCAUCAAAAAUAAGAGACGCCGAGCUGAGCAAAGGCCAUCAGCAGAUGAGAGAAGAGUGGGACAAACUGAUCUCUCAGAUUAAUGACUGGAAAGCAAAGCUGGACCAGAUGCUGCCCUCCCCUCUGGACAUCAUUGAGGCUUGGCUUCAGGAGGUGGAACGUCUGCAGGCAGAAGAUUUGCCUGAUGUGCAGGACCCAUUUGAAGCAAUGUCUGUCUUCAGAGGAAUAAUUGUAACAUUUAAGGACUUGAUGGAUUGUUUUGAUUCACACUUGGACACCUUUCAAUCAUUUAAGAAUGAAGAUGAGAAGAAUAUGCCACUAGUCUUGCCUGAAAAAUUCAGCAAUAUUAAUGUCACGAAUUCCAGCACCUUUCUUGAAUACCACUAUGGACUGUGUUCAGCAAUUGCCAAACAGGUUAUGUUAAAGUUAAACAUCUGGGACAUGAAAUAUGGGACAAAAGAGUCUGUGGAAUCACUGCUGGGAAAUUGGAAUAAUUUCAUUGAAGAAAAGAGACUUGAAAUGCAACUAGAAACUGCUGUUCACAUCUGUGAAGUUUUGAAAAACAAAACCAUAAGCAAUCGUGGCUUAGCUGAAGAUCCUCAAGAAAUUAGCAAACUUUUUAAGACAGUGGAGUUGAAGAUUUCUAUGUGCAGAGACUAUAUUUCCAAUGUAAAUAGUACCCUACAGAAAGUCCUGUCUUCCUGGAGAAAUUAUGCAGAAAACAUCCAUUUACUAAAGACAUGGCUGGAAGAAAAACGAAAUGAGCAUCAAAAAGAGAUCCCUGCUGAGAUCCUGGCAAAGUGGAAUUCUGUUCACGGCUCCUUAAAUGAAGCUGGAAACUAUCUAAUUGAAGUCAGCAAAGAGCAAGUUGGAUCAAAUAUUGCCAAAGAGCUGAAGAAACUCAACAGGAGAUGGGCUAAGUUCAUCAAGAGGACACGCUUUCUUGGUGAAGAGAGCACAGAUGCUGCUGAAAAGGCGAGGGAGCUUCCAGGGAGCCUGGAGAAAAUUGAAGAGGUCCUUGGAGGGGUGGAGAGCUGGGCAGCAGAGACUGGAUGCCUGCUUAGUGAGAUCGGUCAUGAUGGUGCUGUGGAACCUGAGAUGGAGGAGCAUUUGCAGAGCUUGGCUGCAAGGGGAACCUCAUGCCAGGAACAAGUAGUGGCAGCAGAAGAGAUAUUGCAAUCUCUGAUGAAAAAUGUUUCAAGUGAGUUGUCCCAACAGCAUUCUCACACCAUGGGGCUGCAGGCACGAAUUAAAGAAGCCAGAGACAGAAUAGAGGCUGUCUUGGGUGACGUGAACAACAUCUUGUCCAAAUCUGAGAAGACACUCUCAGAGAAGGAGGCUUUACUCAAUUUUGAAGAAUCCCAGAAAGAACUUGAGGCCUCCAUUUCAAAGGCUGUGCAACUUAUCAGUCAAAAAUUAAGCCCUGAAGAAUUUAUUUCAAAAUAUGAGCAAACUUUUCAUGCUCUGGACAAUAAAGUUCUUGACAAAUUUUUGAAAGCAGCUGAACAACUGAAAAAUAUUUCAUCUGAUCACGAAAAGCUGGUAGUGGAAGAAAAGAGUAAAGAUGUUCGUAAAAGAUGGGAGGCUGUUCGUCGUGAAAUUAUGUCCUAUGUCCAACUCAUA